AUGCCCGGUCCAGUGCUUCCAGAAAACAUCACACCCCCGCCUACCAGGAUGACCGAGGGUUCGUUUUCAUCGUCACUUCGACCACCCGCAUUCAGCGUCGACUCGCCCAGAAUAUGGUUCACGCAGAUGGAGGCGAACUUCGCGAUCGCUGGAAUCGUCACCGAACGUGACAAAUUCAACAGGAUCGUUGCCUCAAUAGACACCAACAUCUGCAAGGAGGUCAGUGACGUCAUUGACCCGAUACCCACUGACACACCCUACCAGAAGCUAAAGCACGCGCUGAUCUCACGUUUCACAAGCUCGCAAGAGGCCAGAAUGCGUCAGCUUUUGGACAAGGAAUCCCUUGGCAGUCGCACUCCUUCAGCACACCUACGGCAUCUCAGGAGUCUAGUCCCAGGGAUCGGCGAAGACGUCCUCAAGUCGAAAUGGCUUUCGCACCUGCCAAAUCAGAUGGAAGCUUUUCUCUCAGAGGACGAGGGCACCGACCUGACGAAGCUCGCUGAACGAGCCGACAGACUGAACGAAAUCUUCAGCCCGGGAUCAGCACCCAUGGUCAAUGCCGUGGCACACACGCCGACGCCUACGUCACAAGAGUCGGAGAUAGCCGCACUGUCCAGACAAAUUGCAGCUCUCCAAGCUUCUGUCCGACAACUGAAAGCCACGACAUCCAGGCCAAGCACCAAAGCUUCCGAAAACCGUUCCCGCAGCACUUCACGGAACAGGCUUCCCAACAACACCGGUGUCUGCUGGUACCACAGGAAAUUCGGUAAGCAAGCAAAGAAGUGUAUUCCAGGUUGCAAGCGUGAGGGAAACGCCAACGGGGGUCAGUGA